CGGGAUAACAUCGCACAAUUUUGGAAAAUAAUCCACUGCAGAGCGAUCUGAACCUGUCCUCCAACAACAGARUUUUUCUCGUUCAUUCCAAUUGUAGUUUCACCAUGGCUGCAUUUUUUUCGAUAUCGCAACGCAAAACAAACAAUGGCGCCAACUUUUCGGGAGACCAGUCGGCUUAUCCAAAGAACGAACAAUCGAUGGAUCCAUGGAAUCUCGGUGUGUCUACGAGCACUAGCACUGCGGAAAGCAACRCCGAGUAUAGCAGCACCGACGAUGCUAGUCGUUACAAUUCUCUGAGUGCACCCCCGACGCCGGAAGGCCUGAGGCCUAGAAAGUCGAUUCAAAGGAUCCGCAAAGAGGUAUUCGGCUCUAAUCAUUACAAGAAUGAAAGGAUCAACCCUAGGCACAGGCUCCCUCUUAAUAAUACCAAGGAGACGAACACCCUUUGUCUUUCACAAAGAAUUUGUCUUGAUUCGUCACCGUUUGCGCCGCAAGUGCAGUCCCCUGCACCGCCUUUUUCUUCGUCUGGUCCCUCGUUCCAGAGGCAGCCGAACAUUGCGGUUCUUCCACCGUUUUACCAUCAACGUGCGACGUCGUCAAUSAAUUCAAGCUCUUCUUUUUAUGAACAAUCAAUAGAAGAAAAUGGUCAUAUUAACGAUGAGGAUUUUGAAAUGGAUUCUUCUUUGGACUACAGCUACUCCCGUCGAAAUCAAGUCGCUGUAUCUCCCGACCUAAACAGARGUGGCAGGGCCAAAACAGCCGUUGGAGCGCUCCUUGUGGCAAUGACCGAGACAUGUGACCAACCAAURGUUGGGAAUGAUUUCAAACCUAAAAUCCAGAAUGAAAUAUCUCGCCAUUCUAUUUUGCCGCCACGUACAUGGUUGGACAAUCACCCGAGAGAUGAAAAGUACCUGGCAAAUCGCUAUGCCGACGAAGAUGAUACUAUYCGUGAGGAUUUCGAUGAAUUCGUCGAGCGAGGCCAUGCUUAUCAYGAAGAUAAUCAAUCUUCUCUCCACGCGUCUCCGUCUUCUUUGCRACGGAAGGCUUACGAUGCUUCCUGGGCACACCAGCGCGAAAAACAUGAACAAGACACAAGUUUUACUCGAAGGAUCCUUGGCGACGAUCCAAGCUCCUCCCGGUUAGAGGAAAGGUCUAUUGUAGAUCAAUGCACGUACAAUUUCAACUCUAUCAUGACGGAAGAGAAACUAGAUAUGAAUGCCGCUGGUGCUCCCCGUAUUUUGUCAUUAAUCAAAGACACCGACGGAAUGGAUCUCAGUGCUAUUAGUCACUCUCUCCAUCAGAAUGUUAUCGAGAGUGUCAAUACUAGCUUGGCCGAUACAGUGGAUGACCAAGAAGACGAAUACCAAGAAAUUCCCAGAUACUACCAAGCAUUGACUGAUGACAUUCCAGCCCGUAAUGUCGCCAAUGAUGAUGCCCUUCUUCUUGCAAAAGCACAGAAUGAAAGACAACGUAAGGAAAAUCUCCUUAGAUCUGUAUUUGAACGUCUGCAAGGAAGCUUAGAUGUGCUGAGAGAAGUUUACCCACAGAGCACUAUAGACAACUCGUUCUUCUUAGACAUGGGAAAAGCUGGGAUUGUAAUUUACAAUUUCUUGGAGACCUUGUUGGCGGGAUUGGAAAACAACGACUCCUGUGAAGCGCAACGGCGAGCUCUUCGAUUUUGUAUGUCCAUCCUGCAAAACACGGAAGUGCUUCACCAUCGUCAAAAGUAAGUUACAUGAGAGAACUGCUUAGAUUUUGCYUGGAUCAUUUUUCAACUCAAAAUGUAUCUGACCUGAUUAAUUUUUUUACUUUCCUUCGUGAUCAUUUUCAAUGAACAAUCUAUAGCCCUUUUCYRAAUCUAUCAAAGCCUCUUUGGGUACCUACUCCAGGUUUCCGAAGCUCUCUCGGUUUAGAGGAAGAGCCUCAGAGUCCACCAAGUGUUGCUCGGGGUGCWGACACUUCGCUGUUUUCUCUACCUUCCGAUUCUGCAAAUGAUGCCACACCUCACACAUCCAAUGUGAGUAUCACUUCUACAUUGACGACAAUAGUCUCGCCAGAAAAGUAUGGAUCUGACGUUUACAAACUAAAACUUGGAAUCCGAAAGACGAUUGAAUCCCUUGCGMGGCUGCUCCACAAGCUUGAAGCUUCUUGCGUAAACUUGAAAUCGGUGAUGACAACAACCGAAAAUUCAAUGGUUGUAGGGAAUAUUCUACGCAUCUACUUUGACCUCAUCAAUCUUCCCUUGGUCGAUUUAGAGUGGAUUACAGACUCGUUUGAGAUUGAUUUUACCAAACAACAAUUUUUGUCGCGAACUGUAUCCGCUGAUCAAGGUGUAGCUGCUUCUGCGUUGGCGCACACUCGUCCUUUUGUCCMCGACAACGAGAGAAAUGAAGCCAAGGAAUCUAUUCCAUUCACAAGAGACGAUUUGAGGAUCAACGUAGUGCAAUGCAACAACGAGAAUGUUGAUGAUAACAACYACAUCCAAAGUAUAGAAUGUGAUUUAUGGAGCCCGACAACCAAUGAUAUGAGGAGUUUGGUAUCUCCUGACAGUACUGAAGCAACCAUAAAUGCUACAAAUGGUGAUUACGCUGCAUUGGUGGACACUGAGGAACCUGUUGACGACUUGAGACGCACUGUUGGUAGUUUCGACUACGACAGGUCCGAAGAAGAAAGAGAGGAGGCUCCGCAAGGGGAUGAAAAUGAGGACCAACGGGAUUACAGGGGUGCUUUCCCCGCCACUUUUGGUCGGCGGGUGGUGGUGCAACGCCCGAGAAAAAGUCGAUUUUGGAAGAAACGUUUUUUGGCGCUGAAAAACAGAGGACGACAGGUUACGGCCGAGUAGCCAGUCAGUUUCGUAAAGUGUCCAACCAAGAAUUUKUCAAAACGAAUACAAUAGAUUGUAAAGUAUAGA